CACUUCACUAGACCAAGACCAACACACGGUUGAACGCGGGCGAGUUGGCUCAUUGAUCUCAACUCGUAACCACAUCCCAUCUUCUCAGCCUUUCUUUUUUGGCAAACACGGUUGAGAAUGUCGAGGCGGGUCCAAAUCGACGAUGCCAAAAACGACGACGUACCAGACGGUGAUUCCUCUCCGGUUGAACCGGACAAGCUCCGUAAACGGGACCACAUCAACGUCCCUUCUCACCCCUUCUUGAUGAAGCUUUUGAACAAGCAAGGGGACCAGAUUGUUCUAUUUGCGGAUAAAGUUUUGAAGUUCACGGGUUCAGGGAAGAUGAAAUGCCGCAUUUUGUUGAUUACGGAUUUUGCGAUUUACAUUGUUGACCCUGAGACUGAUUCGCUUAAGCGGAGGAUAGCCCUCGCAGCGGUUGAGAAGAUUUAUCUCAGUGAACUAAGUGAUAACUUUCUUGCAGUUAUAAUUCCGACAGAGUAUGAUUUACUUAUAGCUAGCGCUAGGAAAAAUGAAAUCAUCACUGCUUUUGUUGAAGCUUAUGAACUCGACGUGGUUUCUUCCAAUAGGUUUGAGUAUAAUGCAGCAUCUGACUUGGUUAAGGAAAUUGAAUUUGAGGAAGUUGAAGGGGGUGUCAAAACAAGAAUUUUGAGGAAGUGAACUUCUUUUACAUUUUCGUGAUAACAUCUGUAAACUUGGUAGGAGCACCCCAAUAUAAAGGCUGAGUCUCAAUUUGCCUCAUCUGAUCUGAGUUGUUGCUAACUGGAAUGAUAUCAUUGAAGUUGUGAACGCAAAUGGUGAAAUUACGUGUGCUAAGUCUUUACAGACGGAACAAAGCUAUCAAUUACAUUGCAAAUCGUUGAAAAUGCUUUGCAUUUCCUCCUUCAACAAAUAGGUGGUUCUGUUGGUUUGGAAUUUGUGAUACAUAUGAUGCUAGCACAUAUUUUAUUAUACUAAUAAAAAUUCCCUCUAUUUCAGUUCUAUAACGAUAAACUUUUUGUGGCAGAGGCACAUGAAAAAAUUGGUAAAAUUGUAUGAAGGCUGAAAAAAGAAAACGUGCAGGUUUUAAGUA